AUGACGGGUGUCAAACAAGGGGCGAGUUCUACUUCAAAGCUGCGGUACGGACUGUUCCCGGCGUCCGAAAGCGGCCCGGAGAGCAGAGACCCGGCAGUGGCGCUGCCAGCGGGGGAAGGUAUCAUGUUAAUGUUUAUGGACAGAAAAGUUUCUGGGACAGUGGAAGAAACUAAACUUGCUGAACUGUUCUAUCAUGUUGAGGGUGAAGCUCCAAGCAGUGAAACUGGCACAUCUUUGGAUAGCCCAUCUGCUUACCAUCAAGGACCUAUAACACACAGCUCAGCUAUAAGUCCAGACCAUUACGAUCGUUCUGCUUACGGGCUGUAUUCUGUCUCCCCUGGACAACAAAGAUCUCGGAGGCCGAAACUUCAGCACUCGACGUCCAUACUGCGAAAACAAGCAGAGGAGGAAGCUAUUAAAAGGUCAAGAUCGCUUUCUGAGAGCUAUGAACUCUCUUCGGACCUACAAGAUAAGCAGGUGGAAAUGCUAGAACGGAAAUAUGGAGGCCGUCUCAUAACUAGACAUGCUGCUCGUACUAUACAAACAGCUUUUCGCCAGUAUCAGAUGAACAAAAAUUUUGAACGUCUUAGAAGUUCUAUGUCUGAAAAUCGUAUGUCAAGACGCAUUGUACUGUCCAAUAUGAGAAUGCAGUUUUCCUUUGAAGGACCUGAGAAAGUCCACAGCUCUUACUUUGAAGGAAAACAAGUUUCUGUUACAAAUGAUGGGUCAAAGCUGGGCUCCCUGGUACAGUCUGAAUGUGGCGACCUUGGAGAGCAAGCUGCAAUGAAGUCUCCAGCAGCAUCUACUGAUUUUGCUGAUGCUAUAACAGAACUGGAGGAUGCUUUUUCCAGGCAAGUGAAAUCCCUUGCAGAGUCCAUUGAUGAUGCACUGAAUUGCCGUAGUCUACAUUCUGAUGAAGUCCAGACUCCGGAUCAAGUCAGAAGUCGUGAAAUGGAAAGGGAUACUUGUGCUCAAACCAAACCAGCAAUUCACAAUGUGGAUCACAGGAAGCUCGAUGAGAUGACAGCAUCAUACAGUGACGUUACGUUAUACAUUGAUGAGGAAGAGUUAUCGCCACCCCUUCCACUUUCCCAGUCAGUAGACAGACCGUCCAGCACAGAAUCUGAUUUGAGGCUUCGGUCUGUGAACUCUUCUCAAGAGUACUGGUCCAUGACCCACAAAGAUGAUAAGAUAGACACUGAUACAAGCUGCAGGAGUACCCCGUCACUGGAAUGUCAGGAACAGAGGAUGCGAAUGGAUCAUCUACCAUUGCUGACUAUAGAGCCACCCAGUGACAGUUCAGUGGACUUGAGCGAUCGCUCAGAGAGAGGCUCAUUAAAGAGACAAAAUGCAUAUGACCGAGGGAUCACUAGUCAACAAGGAAGCCCAAAACACAUCCCUCACAGUAUUCCUGCCAAGAUUGUAACCCGAGAGGAACAGGAGGCAAGACACAGGGCUAGGCCUAUAGAUAGUCAUUUAGCUAUCAAUGGCACUGCAAACAGGCAAAGCAAGUCAGAGUCUGAUUAUUCUGAUGGAGACAAUGACAGCAUCAACAGCACUUCCAACUCUAAUGAUACAAUAAAUUGCAGCUCAGAAUCUUCUUCUAGAGACAGCCUAAGGGAGCAAACCUUGAGCAAACAAACAUACCACAAAGAAACUCGCAACAGCUGGGAUUCCCCUGCCUUCAGUAACGAUGUUAUCAGGAAACGCCAUUAUAGGAUUGGACUGAACCUUUUUAACAAAAAACCUGAAAAAGGAGUCCAGUACCUGAUUGAGCGAGGCUUUGUGCCAGACACUCCAGUUGGUGUUGCCCACUUUCUCCUGCAAAGGAAAGGUCUCAGCAGACAGAUGAUUGGAGAAUUUUUGGGAAAUCGGCAAAAACAGUUCAACCGGGAUGUAUUAGACUGUGUUGUCGAUGAGAUGGACUUCUCAACAAUGGAACUGGAUGAAGCACUCAGGAAAUUUCAGGCUCAUAUCCGUGUUCAAGGAGAAGCCCAGAAAGUGGAACGGCUCAUUGAAGCUUUCAGCCAACGAUAUUGUAUCUGCAACCCGGGUGUUGUGAGACAAUUUAGAAAUCCUGAUACCAUCUUCAUUCUAGCUUUUGCCAUCAUACUGUUAAACACAGAUAUGUACAGCCCAAAUGUGAAACCAGAACGCAAAAUGAAGCUAGAAGAUUUUGUCAAGAAUCUGAGGGGUGUGGAUGACGGUGAAGAUAUCCCACGAGAAAUGCUGAUUGGGAUUUACGAGCGAAUCCGUAAACGGGAACUGAAGACGAACGAGGAUCAUGUAUCCCAAGUCCAGAAGGUUGAAAAACUCAUAGUAGGAAAGAAACCGAUUGGAUCUCUGCAUCAUGGACUUGGUUGUGUCCUCUCUCUACCCCACCGGAGGCUUGUUUGCUACUGUAGGCUGUUUGAAGUGCCAGAUCCAAAUAAACCUCAGAAGCUUGGAUUGCACCAGCGAGAAAUAUUUUUAUUUAAUGAUCUUCUUGUGGUGACCAAGAUUUUUCAAAAGAAGAAGAACUCAGUCACAUACAGUUUUCGACAGUCAUUUUCCCUUUAUGGAAUGCAAGUUCUUCUUUUUGAGAACCAGUAUUAUCCCAAUGGUAUUCGGCUCACAUCAGCUGUUCCAGGCGCAGAUAUCAAAGUACUAAUAAAUUUCAAUGCACCAAAUCCUCAGGACAGGAAGAAGUUUACAGAUGAUUUGAGGGAGUCAAUUGCAGAGGUUCAAGAAAUGGAAAAGCACAGAAUAGAGUCUGAGCUAGAAAAACAGAAGGGUGUGGUGCGUCCAAGCAUGUCUCAAUGCUCCAGCCUGAAAAAAGAUUCUGGCAAUGGGACGCUGAACAGAGCUUGCCUGGAUGACAGCUAUGCUACUGGGGAGGGGCUGAAAAGAAGUGCCCUGAGCAGCUCGCUUAGAGACCUGUCUGAAGCAG